AUGUGCGAUGUCCAGUGUGGGCCAGCUGCCAGAUGGUGGAUGGAGGAGCAGAAGAACAACGUGAACCUGCUGCUGCUGCUGCAUGUGGCCACUUGGCUCCACGACGACGACCACCACAACAACAGCCAUGGCGUCUCCUCAGGCAAGGUCCACCGUGGCAUGUGGAUUGUGUGCUCAGAGCAUUGCGGCCAUCGUAUGCGACAGCAGCAGUGUGUCAGGCCAACGGUGAUCAAGACCACACUCAUGAUCGAAGACGAGACGGUUGCUGUCGAACAUCUUGCUGAGAUGUCAUCAGGCGAGCUGGCAGACAUUGUACGCCAGGGCGGGCACUCCGUUGAAAUCGUCUCACUGCCACAGCAGCGUGAAGAGCAGCAGGAAGGCAUGUCGUGCACCUCGUGCGUGCCCAACAUUGAGGGCGUAUGCGCCAGCGUGCACAGCAAUGUGUUGUGUGGGCCUGCUCGCUGGCACCGCGCCGGUGAAGCCCUGCAGCCAUCAUCGCCAGCAUCGGCGAGAAACGCAAACACCAGCACAAGGCAUGACGGCCGUGCCCGGUGUGUUCAAAUGGUGCAUGUUGAUGAUGCGUCGCGCCGUGUGGAAAUCAAGCACGAGACCUACGCGACAUGGUCACACGUGUGUGUGUGUGUCGCGCUGAAGGAUGCUGGGGUACGCGGCGGAGCUGGAACACGAAUCACCACCCACAGGAGCGAGAUCCGCUUCUGCCCCAUCACCUUCAUCUCCACCAUGCACGGCGCUGCCAACAUGAAUGUGACUCUGACUGGUGGUGGCGACCUCUUCUUUGAGACCGGCAUUCUCCCUCUUCACCUUUGUUUCGCCCGGGCGAUACAUCGAACACCUCGCCACAGGGAACACCUCCAGCCUGCUGAAGGAAGGUAUAGUCAAGGCAACCGCGUGGAGGAGCGAAUUGACACCGACUGGUGCAGCGCGGCGACGACCUGA